CUCUCUCUAUUCCCCCUAACUACGUUCAUCCCUCUCUCUCUCUCUCUGUCUGUGUGUCUCUCGCUCUGUCUGUCUCUCUCUCUCUCUCUCUCACAGAGCAAAUUAGGGUUUCGCUGAUCUCCUUCUGCGACUCUCCGAUUCAGCGCUCCACUUCACCAGAUCAAGAUUCCACGCUUCCUCAGCUCUCCAUUGAUCCUACUUUUGCUCCUUUCGGCAAUUUUGGUUGGAUAAUCAACUGUAGAGCCCAAACAAGACUGUUGAAGUAUUGACAUUUAUGGUUUUGUUUCUUACAAAUGAACACGGGCAAGAUACUUCCUGAAUGUGGUUGAGAUGUUGCCAAACUAUCAUACUGAGUCAUUUAGUAUUUACAGUUAAUCUGAGGUCAAUGAGCAUCUUCUGGUAUUACUUUGGAAGCUGUUUCUAUUAUUCUCUUUAAUUCUAGGAAGGAAACACAUACGCUACAAGAGGAUUUUUUGUAUCCAUGCUGGCUGAGAGCAUGCGUGGAAUCUGUGCUUCGGGUAAUGCCCCUGACGAGAUUUUCUGCCGAUGCAUUCGGUGUGGUGACAGUUUGUCUAGUGGCUCUGUUAAUUUUACUUGGUUUACUGUGCAUCAUUUACUCAUUUUACUUCCGGUCUCGUAUUCGUAGUCAAGGUUUUAAUCAACUCAGUUAUUUUAGUGGUCCUUGGAUCAUCCGAAUUACAUUCAUCUUGUUUGCAAUCUGGUGGGGUUUUGGUGAGGUAAUUCGGUUAAGUCUGUUGAGGCGUGCCAUUAACUUGAAAUGGCAGGAAACUGUUUGCAAAUGCUAUAUUGUCUCAAAUUUAGGGUUUGCAGAACCUUGCCUUUUCCUCACCCUUGUGUUUCUCCUUCGUGCGCCGUUGCAGAAGAUGGAAUUGGGAAUUCUAAGCCGAAGUUGGAAUGGGAAAACAGCCGGUUACAUUAUUCUUUACUGCCUCCCAAUGUUCCUUCUUCAGCUCUUUGUUAUUUUAAUUGGACCUCAGUUAAACAGGGAGAAGAGUUCCCAAAGGAAACUGCCUUCUUAUUUUACUGCUGCGACGGAAAGAGUUGAUAAUAUUACCAUUUGCACUUACCCCUUACUGAGUACUAUAUUUCUAGGGAUUUUUGCCAUGAUCCUAACCGCCUACUUGUUUUGGCUUGGAAGUCGGAUUUUGAAAUUGGUCAUCAAUAAGGGUUUGCAGAAGAGAGUUUACAUGUUGAUAUUCUCUGUUUCCAGUUUCCUACCAUUAAGGGUUCUAUUACUUGGUCUAUCUGUUUUGGUUAAACCAGAUCCAAUUCUGUUUCAAGUUCUUGUUUUGUUGGCUUUUCUUGCCCUUUUUGGUUGUGCGGGGGUGUGUAUAUGCAUGCUUGUGUACUACCCAGUUGCAGAUUCUUUGGCCCUGGGAAAUAUACAGGACAUAGAGGCUAGGAGAAGGGUUGACGAUGAUCACAAUGAUACCAUUUCUCUUAUCGCUAACCAAAGCCAUCUUGAAGAAGAAAGUGGUCGGAUUAGUCCCAGUAGAAAUUCUGAUGCCUCAACAAAGCGUGGAUCGAUUUCUUUUCGUACUUUUGAGAGGGAUGGGACUUCAAUGGGGACAUUUGUGGAAUUGAGUCUCUUCUCUCCUAGUCGAGAUGCAACCCCACCAGGAUCUCCUCCACUUCUUGGCUGGCCUAUGCGCCCUCCUACACAAGUUCUUGGACCCUAAAAGCAAGUGAGAAACUGAGUACUUGGUGAAUAUCAAUUUUGUGGUAAAGAAAAACUGAUUGUAAAGGGUUUAGCUGCAAUAAGGAUUUUAAUUCUUGGUUUGUUUUCUAAUUUUAGAUAUGAUGGUUUUGUUUGAAGAAAUUUAUGAUCUGUGUUUCUCUUUUUGUACCA